UUCUUCUAACUCCACGCUCGCACUGAAGACCUUCCUGGCUGCAGUGUUCAGGAAGCUCUGGAGAGAAGAUGUCCUCCGAAGGGUUGAAGUGGUGUCUGGUUCUACAGCUUCUACUGCCUUAUUGCUUCUCGGAGACCAGCAUCCCAGGUCAAUCAGCAGAUCCAAAAUUCGCGCUCUCUGGCAGCAAUGUGAGUCUUCGAAGCUCCAAUUUGCCUGAGAACUACCAACGUCUUGAUUGGUUUUACUCUCCCGACCUGAAAAUUUUAGAAUGGGAGACCCACCAGCCUAAUCCUCACUACUUCGAUACUAAGUUUAAGGACAGGGUCACACUUGGUCGUCAAGAUGGCGCACUUCACAUCUAUAAUGUCCAGGAAGAAGACAGCAGCACCUACAUCCUGAAGAUGUUGUUGAAGUCUGGGUUUGAAGAGGAAAGGAGAAUCCCACUGAAAGUGUUGGAUCCUGUACCUAAGCCUGACAUAACAAUUGAGAAGACACAGGAAAUGAACAACAGCUGUGAUCUGAUCCUGUCAUGUAUGGUCCGGAAUCAGGCUGUCAACUACACCUGGUAUGGGGACUCAGGACGCAUUUCAGAAGAGCGCCAGAGUGGCGUGCUUAAUAUCACCGUUAUACCUCAAAGCUACUCCAAGUUUUACAAAUGCGAAGUCAGCAAUCCUGUGAGCCACAGCAGUGACACAGUCUACUUCACUUCACACUGUCAACUGGCUCGAUCCUCUGGAGUAGCUUGGAUUCCAGCGUGGCUCAUGGUCAUGGUACCCACCAUUCUUGGCCUCCUAUUGAUCUGAGGGAAGCUCUUCUAACUCAAGGGUGAAACUCGAAGACUGCAGGAUCUUGCCUUCAACAGCAACCAUGCUCUUCACCCGAGUAGAAGCUCUGGUUCUAUGGGAUGGAGAAAGUGUUUUGAAGCACCCAUAAAGAGUUUCAAAUUAAAUUAUUAAAAGUCAUGACUACAACCCAGCUGGCAUGGCUCCAGUGGUUGCACAUCGACCUAUGAACCAUGAAGUCAUGGUUUGAUUCCCGGUCAGGGCACAUGCCCAGAUUGCAGGUUCCAUCCCCAGUAGGGGGCGUGCAGGAGGCAGCUGAUCAGUGAUUCUCCUUCAUCAUUGAUGUUUCUAUGUCUCCCUCUCCCUUCCUCUCUGAAAUCAAUAAAAGUAUAUUUUUUAAAAAUCAUGACUACAGUAUGGUGAUUACCAGAGGGAAAGAGUGGGGGAGGUAAAAGAGGGGUAGAAACGGUGAUGGAAGGAGACUUGACUUGGGGUGAUGAACACACAAUACAAUAUAGAAAUGAUGUAUUAUGGAAUUGUGCACUUGAAACCUAUAUACCUUUAUUAACCAAUGCCACCCCAAAAAGCUCUAACAAAAUAGGUCCAGAGACAUAGAACCAUGGAACAAACUGAUGAAUUUCAGAGGGAAGGCGAGGGAGGGGGAAAGAUGAACUGGGGAGCGUAUAUGCAUAUAUGCACAGCCCAUGGACACAGACAAUAGUGUGGUGAAGGCUUGGGAGAGGCAGGUGUUGGGGAGAGGAGGUCAAUGGGGGAAAAAUCACAAAGGAGACAU